AUGCCAGCCGCACUGCAUGCUAUCGACGGUAUAAUCUUGCAGUUUUGUGGAGCGUCUCAGGUUGUGUGCAAUCAUGUUGGCACUGGCGUACAUCAGCGUCAUGCCAAGGCCUGGACUUCAAUGCGCUCGACUUCUCAACGUCAACGACAACGGCAACGGCACCAUCAUGAAGUAGAACAUUUGCCUUCACCUGUCGACGACGGAAACGACAAAAACAACGGACACAACGAUGUUGCCUCGAGUGCGAUGGAUGUCGACGAUGCUGUCUAUAUCCCAGAGCCACAUGGACCAGACCAUGAAGUAGUACCAGUCGCUGAUCUCUGGAAUGCAAUCUCCAGCAGUCCUUUCUACCAAGUCAACGAGACAUGUGAUUUGUACGAGGAGUUGCAAUCCGCCCUUGCUUCGGGGGAACAAAUAUUCUCCAUGCCGCUCGCCCCAGCGAGUGAAGAGACCAGCCUUGAUGAUGAGACGGACUCAAACUUUGGGAUCGAACUUCUAGUUGCGCCUGACAAUCCAGCGUAUCCUUGGCCAACAAAAGCCAUAUGUUUCAUUAUCUUUCAUUAUAUUACUGCCUUGCUAUUUAGUUCUCCAAGGCUCCCAUUCUCCGAGGCGCAGAAAAAGGCGGUCUUAUCUUGGGCAAGAGAGCUUGGUGCUUGUGACGUCCCUUCGCUAUAUGCAUUGAAUCGAGUCCAGGAGUCUGUUCGAACACUUGUUGGCAAUCCAACGGAAAAGAUCACUGCACGUUCGGGCAAUAUAUUUUAUCUUAACAAUGUUGGAAAAGCAGUUGCCAAGGACUACGCAAACCCCCUCACGCGGUUUGCGAUGCAGGAUUACCCUGAGGACGGGGACAAGGGAAUGUCCCAGGUGUUCAAUGGAGAUAAAAUGAUGUUCGAACUCCCUUCGCCCCCCGCAGCUAAAGUCGACGGGGAGAUCUACUUCGUGAAUGAGCUCUUGCAGGACGUGUCGGGAGACUACUUUAUACCCGAGCAUUUCUUUCUUGCAUCUGACGAGCGGGAAAUGAUCCCGACAUCUAACUUUCGAAGGUCGUUCAGGGAAAUAUCUGCCAAUGACAACGAACUCGCUUGCGGGCUGACGGAGUCAUCGAACAAAUACGUGAAACUGGUACCGAAUCCAUUGCGCACAAAAUCUCAAGGACGUAUGGUGUACUCAGUCCCUCUCAUAAUAUUCAUGGAUGACGUAUCUGGAAACAUAUCCAAGCAGUGGAACAAGCAUCAUGCAAUAUAUAUGUCUAAUGCAAAUCUGCCUCGCGAAAUGCUCGAGAAAGAGUUUUGUAUUCGGUUUGUCACGUCUUCUCCUCACGCAGCCCCGAUGGAAAUGAUGAGCGCCAUGCAAGAUUCAAUCAGAAAAGCUAUGGAAUCGGGGGUCUUCAGUUGGGACUGCAAGCACGAAGAAGAAGUUAUGCUGGAGCUAUAUGGUCUGUUUCUCGGUGGCGACAACCCCAUGCAUGCUGAAGAAUGCAGCCACGCAGGGCUGCAUUGCAACUUCUUCUGUAGGACAUGUGAAGUCGGUGGAACCAAGGAGUAUAAAGAGUCAGAUGAGGGCUACAAGAGCAUCUUCGUGCCAGGAACGCCACGCACUCCUGCAGGAACAGCGGAAGAGAUCCACGCACAAUUUGCUUCUGCGCUCUGUUCAGGUGUGAAGGACACGAGAACUGCUUACAUUCUUGACAUGGUUGUUGAGCUAGGGAAGAAGCUACGCAAACGAGGUGCUGGCAUUCAGGCAAAACCAGAGUGCGAAGUCAAGGCUAUUCUAGAGAAGCAACUGGGAGACCUCCUGCAGGGGAGCAUGAUUGAGGGCGCAAUAAACCCAUUAUUGGGCGUGGAAGGAUUCAAUGUUCACCAGGACACGCCAACAGAGAUUUUACAUAUGGUGCUACUGGGGGUCAUCAAAUACUUUUGGGGUCAAUCGGUGUACCUCCUCGAAAAGGCAAAGCUCUUGGACGUUUUUCAAAUGCGUCUCGACUCCAUCGAGAAGGAUGGGCUUAAUGCUCCUUGUCUCGACGCUGAGUAUAUAUGCCAUUAUAAGGGCGGGCUGAUAGGGAAACACUUUAAAAGUCUGGCACAAGUCAUGCCAUUUCUCAUUCAAGAUUUACUACCACGAACAGUACUCGAUGGGUGGACAAGUAUUGGUGAGCUCGUCGUAUAUGUUUGGCACACGGAGAUAGAUGAUACUGAUCUAUACUUGGCGAAGCUUACCCGGACAAUCAAUGAUUUUCUCAACAUAACAGCAAAAUGCGCACCAAGUAUUCUCAUCUCGAAGCUGAAGUUUCAUUUUUUAGUGCAUCUUCCUGCGUACAUUCGACGCUUCGGACCAGCCAUUCUCUUUUCCACUGAACGAUACGAAUCAUUUAACUACGUGUUCCGUCUAGCAUGUAUACACAGCAAUCGACAGGGUCCGAGCCAGGAUAUGUGCAAAAUAUUUGCGAGACAAGACAUUAUCAAGCAUAUUGCGACAGGCGGUUACUGGUUUGAUAGUGCUCGGGGAAAGUGGGUUCGGGCAGGUGAUGUGGUUUUGAACUACCUCGACAAUCGUCCAGAGCAGGCACGUCUUUUGGGAAUUCAUACACGAGAACAUCCUGUGGCAGGAACCGGCCAACUCAAGAAAGUCGCCGCCGAAGAUGGACGACCUAUGGCAGGAAUACCUGUGCUGUGGACAGCAACAUGCUGCGCAAACGCCCUCGAGCUCUCACAACCUGCUUGUAAUGCUCGAUACCAUCAUGGCAUCUCGUUGAUUCUUGGCAACGGCGAGAAAGCGUCUUUAGAAGCACACAUCAUUUUUCACAACUCAUCAACAUCUUGCUCAGCCAUUGGGCGCAUUCACGAGAUCCUGAUCUCAGACUCUCACAAAGUCGUGCAGCAUGUCGCCAUUCAAAAACUUGCUUUCGGACCUGCGUUACAUCCCCUCCUUCACAUCCCCGCACUCGAGCUCACGGACCAUGAGGUUGUUAUUGGUCCACAAGAAAUUGCAUUAGUCAAUGUCACAUUUGUCAAGAGCGAACUGAGACUGCAUAUUCAAUCUGUCAUCCCUCAGUCACUUCGCAAGACACCAUUGAGGGUCGAUAAUGCAGUAGACAUUCGUUUAGCAGCAGCUUGUCAAAUCCGGGAGAAGAAAGCAAGCAAGAAAUCAGGCGAAACACCAGAUACCGAGUCUUUGAGUACAUUGCACAAUGACAUAGCUGGGGUUCCUGCGGCGUUCGACCGCCCAGCAGCAAGAAAACCGAAGAAAACGCAGAAAGCAAAAGAGAAGGCACCUCGACCGCCCGCCAAUCCACGACAACCCACAAUCACGCAGGCAGCUGCAUCUUCAAGUUCCCAUCUCCCAGCACCCGCACCUUCUCGUCUCCCAUCGCUACAUCUGCCUGCUACUGUACCUUCACAGUUGCAGCAAUCCCCCAUGCCUCCAUAUAGAGCUCCCCCUUCGCAUCACCCGUUGCAGCUGCCCCCAAUGGUAUUGACGUGGCAAUCAUCUCCCACGCCCGGUCCAUAUAGAGCUCCCCCUUCGCAUCACCUGUUGCAGCCACCCCCAAUGGUCAUGACGUGGCAAUCAUCUCCUGCGCCCGGUCCAUCCAGACCUCUCCCUUCUCAUCCCUGGCCAUCGAACCCACCUUCCAUGGUACCGCCAAUGUAUGCUGGGCAAUAUGUUGCCCCACCAUAUCGGCACUCUUUGGGGCUGGCUCUUCCAAAUCCCUCGCACACUCCCCCCCUUCACCCGCAUCAUUCAGGACAAUUGUCAUAUGCACAGCAGCUUCCCUUGCAACCUUCCGCGCCAGUGAUGACCUCGCAUAUCUGGCACUCUCAGGCUCCACAUCACGAGCAGCCUGGCAGACAGUACUAG